AUGGAACAGAUCCAGUCCAAUGUAUGUCAGACGAACAAGGCUUUGUUAAUGUUUGCGGUUGCGGCCAUCGUUAAAGGUGCUCCUGAACCACCAACUCGACGUGUUGCUCCUUAUGCCCCAGCUGGCUGGCAACCAAGCAUUCCUUUUAAUUUACCAAACGAGUUUUUCCCUCCUAGCCGUUCUAAUGUGCGUGUUGAAAUAACCAAACAACGAGUGGAACAAGUGACACCAGUGGAUAAGCCCCAGUCGAAAUAUCUGCCCCCGGAAAAACCGGAUGAUUCAGAGGAUCCAAUCCUACCCGUUGCCCUUCCAGCUAACCAGUACGGUCCUCCUGAUUCAGGCUUCAGAAUCAUUUAUCCCGAAGAACCAUCCACAUCCAAUGAGUCUGACGAAGCCCAGCCAUCAAAUAUCAGAGAAGGUCGUUACUUUAUUAUCUCGAAGGAUAAUAAACUGCAAAGAGUUACAUUUAGCUCACAGCAAAUAGGAAAUGACGAGGACUUUACUGCCCAGCUGAGUUAUUCAACCGUGGGUCAGCUCAAGGAUCCUGUUUAUAGAAACAACAACCAAGGACAACUGGAGAGAGUCCUGAAGUAA